AUGGCUCCAUCGGCGCCUCACAUCUCCAGCCAGCUACGGCAGCUUAUAUACUAUCAUCUCGAUAACAAUCUCCUUCGAAACGCCCUUUUCCUCGCCGGUCGUCUCCAUGCGUUCGAGCCUCGGUCGUCUGAGGCCGCAUAUCUACUCUCGCAGUGUCUGCUACAGUCUGGACAGCCAAAGUAUGCCUGGGAGGUCUGUCGCAAUGCGGGAUCGCGCGGGACCCAUGUAGGAUGUGCCUAUGUCUAUGCUCAGACUUGUCUCGAUCUCGGACACUACAUGGAGGGAAUCACUGCACUGGAGAGGAGCAAGACUCAGUGGACGUCAAAGAACAACUGGAAUAAACACAGUGAAAACAGACGACAGCAUCUGCCUGAUGCAGCCGCAGUCCUUUGUCUUCAGGGGAAACUGUGGCAUGCGCACAAAGACAUACACAAAGCUGUCGACUGCUAUGUCGAAGCUCUCAAGCUCAAUCCGUUUCUCUGGGAUGCGUUUCUCGGUCUGUGUGAGACAGGUGCAAACGUCAGGGUGCCGAAUAUCUACAAGAUGACGCCAGAAAUGGUAGCCAUGCUCACUCCGUCGACCUCAGAGAGCUCGUUUUCAGAUAAAGCCACCACCAAUGGCCAGCCACUGCAGGUACAGCCAAAUGUCAAUCACAACAUUGACCCUUUUCUAUCCAUGAACGGUCCUAGCUACGGUAGCUCUGCCCUGUGGGAGAAACUUAACGGAAGCAGCGUCAGCGUGGCCUCUGGUUGUGCAGCCGUCCCCGAAGGACUCGAAACUCCAAUUGCCCAUAGCGAUUCAGAUGAUUUCCGUGUCCGGCCCGGUGCAAGCGCGGGAGAGUCGUACGGGGAACCGCCGUUUGCGCCCGCUCGCAAGCAACGGUCUAUGCAGGUGUUAGGCGUCGAGGGCUGUGGCGAUAUACCGCGGAUGAAGCCAACCGGCACCCGAUCCAAAUCGAAACCAAAGGCAGGAUCCUCCGAAGAAACGGCGUCCAGUAAGGAAUCCACCUCGUCACAGCAGACUGCUUCGGCAACGGAUCGCAAACGGACUGUAUCCGGGCAUAUAGCGCCCGCGAAUUCAUCAACGCAGCAACCAGUUGAGCCUGGCGCUCCCCAACGACGAAGCGUCCGUCUGUUCAACCAGAUUCGGCCAGCAAGCAAGUUCUCUACUUCAGCUGCCGGCCUGGGGCCGCGGGAAGGACGAGAGAUCAAGAAAGCAAAGCCUGCCAGCUCGAAGAGCCGCAGCACCGCCACCGCCGCUCCCCUGGGACGAACAACGACUUCAUCCAGGAAACAAGGCGGCGAACCAACGGAUGUUGACAGCAAAGAAAGCCGGUCGGUUGGAAACUCCUCGGAAUCUCUCAAUGGACCGUCGAGGACACAAGUACCGGAUAAGUCAAAGGAGAUUGACGCUCUAGGCUGGACGCUGGAUCUAUUUUCAAGGUUGGCGAGCGGGUACUCGGCAUUAUGCAGCUACCGGUGUCAAGAUGCUCUUCAGAUAUUCAACUCUCUCCCACAGAACCAGCGGGAAACGCCCUGGGUAUUGUCUCAGAUUGGCCGAGCUUAUUACGAGCAGGCCUUGUACAGUGAUGCAGAAAAAUACUUCAUCAGGGUGAGAACCAUAGCGCCAUCGCGGAUGGAAGGGAUGGAGGUCUACUCCACCGUACUCUGGCACCUGAAGAACGAGGUUGAACUGGCCUACCUUGCACAUGAGCUAAUGGAUACCGAUCGCCUGGCAUCCGAAUCGUGGUGUGCGAUUGGAAACUCCUUCUCUCUGCAGGGGGAUCAUGACCAGGCGCUGAAGUGCUUCAAAAGAGCAACUCAGCUAGAUCCCAGGUUCGCGUACGGCUACACUCUACAGGGCCAUGAGUACAUGUCCAACGAAGAAUACGACAAGGCUCUGGAUGCAUACCGACAUGCUAUCAACGCCGACCCACGUCACUACAGCGCCUGGUACGGUCUUGGAAAGGUCUAUGAGCGAAUGGGCAAGCUCAAGUUCGCCGAACAGCACCUCCGCACUGCAUCGAAUAUCAAUCCAGCCAACGUCGUCUUGAUCUGCAGUAUAGGACUGGUCCUAGAGCGCCAGAAUAACCUCAAGGCCGCGCUGUUACAAUAUAGCCGAGCCUCGUCCCUAUCACCACAGUCCGUCCUAGCUCGACUGCGUAAAGCUCGAACAUUACUAAAACUGAACGAGGUAAAUCUUGCUCACAUCGAGCUGAAAGUGCUAAAAGACGUGGCGCCAGACGAGCCCAACGUACACUAUCUAUUAGGCAAGCUGUACAAAAUGAUGCAGGACAAGGGCAAUGCAAUAAAACACUUUACGACCGCCCUGAACUUGGAUCCAAAGGCUGCUCAAUUCAUCAAGGAAGCCAUGGAAUCCCUUGAGAACCCUGAUGACGUUGAUGAUGACAUGACAUGA